UGUUGACCCUUAGAAUGUAGGACUGUUGUGCUGCUGAGGUGUGUGCAUGAACAUUAGCAAGCAGAGUGCUGUGUUUAACAAUGGGGAGGGAUGGCUGAAUGUGUAGAGAAUGAGGAGGGUGGAGGGAAAGAAGUGAGAUGAUAAAAGUUGAAACUGUUUAAAAAGUUAAUUGUUAAUCUCAAAUAAUCCCUUCUUUUGUUUUUAGCUUACUCCUUCUCAUAGUUGACAUCUUGUGUGGUACUGUAACCGACCUUGCAAUUUUGAAUUUUUCUAAAGCUUUGACAAAGGAGUGAGAAGCUACAAACGGAUUGCAGUAGCAGUUUUGAGUCGAAGUGCUCAGCUUUGAAUGCCUUUGUUAAGAUGUUGUAAUUGCACAUGUCCAUUGCUAGAUGAUAAUGCUGUUGGGUUGUUACUAUUAUAUGGAUCAAAGAUGGAUGGUGUUUGUGGAGGCUAAGAUGUGUGCUUUUCAGAUGAAACUGAGAACUCGUAAAGAUCAUUUUAAGGAGAACAAACACAAGGUUCCCUCAAACACUUGAGCUAGUGUCAACAACUGCUCCAAUUUCAGACUUUGAACUUUCACGCCUCUUAACAUAGUCAAAUUAUUGUUAUUUAUUGUUACUCCCACACACAUACGGACAGACAGACUGACAUUUAAGGAAGUUUUUGGUUCACAUUGCCUUCACACACACAACAGCAGAAUGAAUGCAGCAGCAGGUUCAGGAGCCUCAAGCGCUCAGCUCCCUACCAGCAGAGACCAGCGAAUGGUGGAGAAGGCCCUUAAAAGACUGGAUAAGCUCCAUCAGCUGUGCACUAACCCCCGGCUGGGCCUGAGGAACAGUCCACCAUACCUGCCAGACCUGGUAACUGAGACGGCAGCGGUGCUCAUGCAGGUUUGGGAGCCCUACAGAGGCUCCAAAACGGCAAGCGGACAGGUGCCCCGGGGAGACGAGGCCAUCUACCUGAGGGUCCAUAUCAGAAACCUGCUGGAUAAGGCGGACAGGGCCUUGCUUCUGUUUAAAGAGGGACGGGAAAAGAUAUUUGAGGAGUCUUCCAGCUACAGGAGAAACUUGACCAAGCUGUCUUUGCUGUUCAGUCACAUGCUGUGGGAGAUGAAGGCCAUGUUUCCAGAUGGACAUUUUCAGGGUGACACCUACAGGGUGACAAAGACAGAGGCUGAGAAGUUUUGGUGGCAUUCAUUUGGCAACAAGUGUAUAGUUCCGUGGAAUACUUUUAAAGAGCAGCUGCGCACCGUGCAUGCAUUUGAGGAAGGGAUGGAGUCCAUGGCUCUGAAAUCAACCAUUGAUCUCACCUGUAAUGACAACAUAUCUGUGUUUGAGUUUGACAUCUUCACUAGACUGUUUCAGCCCUGGAGGUCACUUUUAAGGAACUGGAACCAACUGGCAGUGACCCAUCCAGGCUACAUGGCCUUCCUCACCUACGACCAGGUUGCAGCUCGUCUGGAGCGCUACCUGCACAGGCCUGGAAGCUACAUUUUCCGUCUGAGCUGUACAAGAAUGGGCCAGUGGGCUAUUGGCCAUGUGACCACUGAAGGUGGCAUCAUCCAGACUAUCCCUGAGAACACCCCUCUCUACCAGGCACUCAUUCAAGGCUUCAAGGAGGGCUGCUACCUGUUCCCAGAUGGACGGGAUGUGAACCCUGACCUGACAAGCUUGUGUGAACCGACCCAGAGGGACAAAAUCAAAGUGACAGAAGAGCAGUAUGAGAUUUAUUGUGAGAUUGGCAGCACCUUUCAGCUGUGUAAGAUCUGUGCAGAGAGGGAUAAGGACAUUCGUAUUCAGCCCUGUGGACAUCUGCUGUGUCAACCCUGCCUUAAAGGCUGGCAGCAGAAGUCAGCAGGCCAGACUUGCCCAUACUGUCGCUGCGACAUCAGAGGAACAGAAUCCAUUCUCAUCGAACCCUACCUGCCAGGCAGCGGUCACUGGGAGGAGGAGAGUGACGAUGAUGCUGAGGAAGAGGACCAUGAGGACAUUGAACUCGUGAUAAAGGAAAUGGCUGCCCUGAGGAAGUUUUCAAGUUUGGAUUCCCAGAUACCCAGCUCCCAUUUCUGCGCUCCACCUCUGCCCCCUAAAAACAGCACAAUUCCAUGCUGUUCCAACCCCACCGACCAGUCCCAGACAUUAGAAACAAAGAAGCUGGCUAAACACUCCCUCUCUGGUUCAACUCAAGGUGUCACUGAGGCACACAGAAGACACAAACAGCAAAGAAACAUGAAUUGGCAUCAGGGGGAGGAGUUACACAGCAGUGAAGAGGACGACUCUGGUGGACUGAGAAUGACUAUGGCACGCCCACACUCCCACAGUGCUGAACACCUUACGGAGGCAAAGCUUUCCCCUUCAUCCCGGAAGGCUGUUGACAGUGAUGUCGCAUGGCUUGGACCCUCCCACCCAGUGAAAGAGAGAAGAAGGCCGAGAGAGAUGGAGGAAAGAAGAGGUUGUCCCAGAAAAGACAAAUAUGGCCUCAGUGACAUGACAAGAACAAUGUCAUCCUAACAAAAAAAUUCUAAAAAUAAAAUAAAACAAAGACUCUUUAAAUAAAAUGAGAGAUAUAUGGGGACUAAAACAUCCUCAAGAAAUCAACCCUCAAGAACUGUAAAAAGAGUUUUUUGGUGUUGAGUAUAACUGUAAAUGGCCGUGUGUCUGCUGCACUGCUGAAGAUGAGCUGUGUGGGUGGGACUGUGAAAACUUGCCCACUGAGGCCUCCUACUGUUCAAUAAUUGCACUGCCAUUAUCUCCACAGCAGGUUCAGUACUGAUUCCUAAAUAUAGUCUCACACACUGUCUUCUUUAUAAUUAAAGCAUUUUCUGAGCCUCCAUCCAAUAGUAGAACUUAAUGAAAGGUCUGAUAUUUGAAAAUGUAAUUAUGUGGAGAAAAGAAGGGGGGCAAUUUGAAAUAUGUUAUAAAUACGCUACCUCGUCAUUUUACCCAUACCAUACGUUUGUUUUUAUAAAUAAGUUAUGUGUAUAAUAAUAUAAAUAAAGGCCUCUAUAUAGCUCAAUCAAAAAGGUUCAUGUGGUACUAACUUUAAACAAAUAAAGCUUUAAAUAAUACA